AUGGCCGCCGUGAAAAAGUUCUACGCGGCGUGCGAGGCUGGACCCGCCGUCUGCCUGACGGCAUGGGACUACCCGACAGGCCUCCUGGCCAAAGACGCCGGCAUGGACCUCAUUCUCAUCGGCGACUCCUUGGCCAUCACGGCGCUAGGCCUCCCCUCCACGACCAGCAUCACUCUCGACGAGCUCAUCUACCACGCUCGUGCCGUCUCGCGCGCCGCAAAGGCCGGCCCUUUUCUCCUCGGCGACCUCCCCCUCGGCAGCUACGAGAUCACGCCCGAGCAGGCCGUCGCGUCCGCGCUGCGGUUGGUCAAGGAAGGCGACGUCGAUGGCGUCAAGCUCGAGGGCGGCAAGGAGAUGGCGCCGCAGGUCGCCGCCAUCACCAAGGCAGGCGUGCCGGUCGUGGGCCACAUCGGCCUGACGCCGCAGCGUGCCCUGGCUACGCUGCACACCGAGGGCAUCGAGGGGCUCAGCGGCGCCGGCGAGGCGAGGUUGUCAUUCGGCAGCACGCUGGACAGCGCCGAGAUGGUGCUGGACGACGCGCUGGCGCUGCAGAAGGCGGGCGCCGUCGCCAUCGUCAUGGAGGCCGUGGCGGCACCCACUGCAAGAAUGAUCACCGAGGUUCUCAAGGUCCCCACGAUCGGUAUCGGCUGCGGGGGUGGCACGAGCGCGCAGAUCGCCGUGCAGAGCGAGGUCCUCGGCUACCAGAGGACGUUCCUACAGAGGUGGCACACAAAGUACGCCGAGGUGGGCGACGUGAGUCUGCAGGCGUUGCGGAAGUACAAGGAGGAGACCAGGGGCAAGCAAUUCCCGACCGAGCAGCAGGGCUACGUCAUGAAAAACGGCGAGGAAAAGGUGCUGGUCGAUCUGAAGAAGCGGGCCAAGGAGAUGUCUCUCUACGAGAACAUGGGUCGUGAGCGGAGGGGGUCCAAGAGCUCGUCGUACUGA